UUAUCGCACCUAGCAAAUUCAUUCCACCCUUCAUUAGUUCUAUCUCUCUAUUAACUCAAAGAAACAUAAUUAAUACAAUGGCAAUAGAUUGCAUCAUCCAGAAUCCACCAACCAUGCCUUCCCUCAUAGAACACCAACAAACGUCACUAGUUUUUGAUGCAUUGGUCCUACAACAUGAAACCAACAUGCCCCAACAGUUCAUAUGGCCUGAUCAUGAGAAACCCAACUCCCAAAAGUCUAAGGAACUUGACGUUCCUACGUUAGACUUAGGAGGCUUCCUUUCUGGACACUCAGGUUCAGUCAAGGAAGCUUGCCGUCUCGUCGGUGAGGCUUGCGAAAACCAUGGUUUUUUCCUAGUGGUCAACCAUGGAGUCGAUGCAAGCCUAAUAUCCGAUGCUCAACGGUAUAUGGACUUAUUUUUUGAGCUUCCGCUUUCGAAAAAACUAAGAGCUCAAAGAAAAGUUGGUGAGAGUUGUGGAUAUGCAAGCAGCUUCACCGAACGGUUCUCCUCUAAACUUCCUUGGAAAGAGACACUCUCUUUCCAUUUCUCAGCCGAGGAGAACUCGUACGAUAUAGUUGAGGAAUAUUUCAAGAGCAGAAUGGGCGAGGAAUUCGUACAACUCGGGAAAGUUUAUCAAGACUAUUGCAAUGCCAUGAGUAGACUUUCACUUGGGAUCAUGGAGUUAUUGGGGAUGAGUCUUGGUGUGAGUCGAAGUCACUUCAAGGAGUUUUUUAAAGACAAUAAUUCGAUAAUGAGACUAAACUACUACCCACCAUGUCAAAAACCAGACCUAACCUUAGGGACAGGGCCUCAUUGUGAUCCGACAUCUUUGACAAUACUACACCAAGAUAAAGUCAGUGGACUAGAAGUGUUUGUGGAGAACGAGUGGCGUUCCAUCGCACCCGAUUCAAAUGCUUUUGUUGUCAACAUAGGUGACACAUUCAUGGCACUUUCAAAUGGAAGAUACAAAAGUUGCUUACAUAGAGCUGUUGUAAACAACAAAAGUCCUAGAAAGUCACUUGCUUUCUUUCUAUGUCCAAAGAGAGAUAAGGUGGUGAGUCCACCAGAAGAAUUGGUGGAUGAAAACAACCCUAGGGUUUAUCCAGAUUUUACAUGGUCUACCUUUCUUGAGUUCACCCAGAAGCAUUACAGAGCUGACAUGAACACCCUCCAAGCUUUCUCAAACUGGGUUCAACAGAAAACAAGUAGAACUUGAUGUCUAAUCUACUAUUCUACUGUACUCUCUCUUUAUUUAACAUGCAACUCAAGCAAGAAGACAAUGGAAACUGUAAGAAGAUAUGAUUGUCUAAGAGAGGGUAAUUAAGUGGAUGCAUGAAUCCAGCUAUAUCUGCAUGCUUUAAAAUAUUUCCCUUUUUUGUUUCUUUAGGGUUGAAGGAGGAAACCAAUGUGCAAAAUUAUAAUAUCUUCAUGGGGCUAAACUAGGAAUAAAGCAUAGCAUAUAAAUUAGCCAAUUUUGUAAUUUUCUUCUGGACCAUAUGUAGAAAAGUUUAUGAACUUAUCACUAGUAGCAUUACCCUAGUUCCUUGUCUUCUACUUGUAUGUAUAUAAAUGCCAAAAAUUGAAUAUAAAAAUAAUACAAGUAAAAUUGGUAGCUUUA